CAUGCAGCUGCUUUUAACUUGGUGCUUCUCUCUCUGCUCCUCUAAACUAAAACCCUAAAACCCUCUCGUCACCAACCUCAGCUAUUUGUGUAAAACCGUGAUGGCCAUGAAAACCCAAGAAGAACCCGACGUGGGCAUCUCCUGCUACAUUUCUAACCUUCCCGGCUUCCGUGGAAUUUUAAAGCAAAGGUAUUCUGAUUUUAUUGUAAAUGAAGUAGACACAGAUGGAAAGGUUGUUCAAUUGUCCUCACUUGAUUCCCCUGCAGAGCUAGGAGAGGUAUCAAAGGAAAAUGAAACAAACACAUCAGACACUACAAUUAUAAGUUUUGUCUCUCAAAUUGAAUCCUUCAAGUCUCUUGCUGGGGAUUCUGAUGCACUCCUUUUGGAAGAAUUAAUUAAUCGAAUUAAUGUUGGUGGCGAAGAUAGUGUUUCUCCUAUUGUUCUCUCUCCGGAUUCUGAUAAAUCUCAUAGAACGGCAAUACAUAAUUUCUUAAAGGAAAACUUCAAGUUCCUAGUCACUGACGUGGUUGAUGGACCAGAUGCUUCAUCAAAAUGCAUCCGUGUGAGAUUGAAUUCUGGUGAACCCAACAACAAAGGCAAAAAUUCCAAGAAACGCAAAGAAAGAGGUGAUAAGCCUUUUGACAGCAGAGGUUCAGAAAAUUGGCCCGAAAAUGUUGGCAAAUUCCUUAGGUUUCAUCUUUAUAAGGAGAAUAAAGAUACCCAGGAAGCCUUGGGGUUGAUUGGAGAUAUGCUUGGCAUCCAGUCAAGAUCAUUUGGAUUUGCGGGUACAAAGGACAAACGUGCUGUCUCAACUCAAAGGGUUACUGUUUAUAAGCAGCAAGCAAGUAGGCUAGCUUCUCUUAAUGAGAGAUUGUUUGGUAUUAAAGUCGGUGAUUUCUGUUAUGUUAAGGAAGGACUUUGUCUUGGCCAGCUCUUCGGAAACCGAUUCACAAUCACAUUGCGAGGUAUUGUUGCAGAUUCUGAAGACACCAUAAAAGCAUCUGCAGCUGCCUUAGGAAGGCAUGGCUUCAUCAACUACUUUGGUUUACAACGUUUUGGAAGUGGUUCUGUGCCAACUCACCUUAUUGGAGGUGCAUUACUCCGAGGGGAAUGGAAACUUGCUGUAGAUCUGAUCCUUGAUCCAAGAGAUGGAGAAAGAAGUGCAAUAGCCAAGGCGCGCAAGUACUAUAAAGAUAGUAACGAUGUUGCAGGGACACUUAAGCAGUUGCCUCGAUAUUUAGUUGCUGAAAGGGCUGUGCUGCAAAGUUUAAAAAAGUCUCCUGGAAACUACUUGCUGGCUUUGAAAAUUAUUCCAAGGACCUUGAGAAUGAUGUAUGUACAUAGUUACCAAAGUUAUUUGUGGAACCAUGCAGCAAGUACAAGGGUGCAAAAAUAUGGAACUGAACAAGUAGUAUUGGGAGACUUGGUAUAUUGUAAAGAAAAUCCUGCUGGAAAAGUUACAGGGCUUGUUGGAUCUGAAUGUGAUGAUGACUGUGGCGAUAGGUAUGAUUCACAUAAUGAAGAUGAAAUCUCUGGAGAUAUUCAUGAAGAAAGAAGUAGUUAUAUCAAGGUUGUGAAUACUGAAGAUCUCAAUUCGGGAUGUUAUACAAUUGAUGAUGUCAUCCUUCCUAUGCCAGGUUCACGGGUAAUUUAUCCAACCAAUGAUAUUGCCAAAGUUUAUCAUGAUUUGGCAAAUAAAGAUGGAAUCAGUUUAACUGAGAGCGUGCAUAAUGUGAAGGAAUUCUCAAUAACUAGUGUGACUGGAAGCUACAGGAGGGUUUUUCAGAAACCAAUUAACUUUGAAUCGGAAUUACUUACAUAUACUGAUAGUAAUAAACCAUUGGUAGAGACAGAUUUAGACAAAAUUGGCAAGUCUAAUCCUAUAAACAAUGUCAAACCAGUGGGCGCACCAAAUGCGAAAAAGGAAGAAGCCUCUGAUUGCGUGAGACAGUUAGAGAGCUUUGAUGAUGGUGCAAAGCUUGAGACUGAUUAUAAUGAGAUUGAAGGUGAGGAAGUAAUAUUACCACAUGAUGAAUCUGUUGGUGGUUCUAGCUCUCAAGAUUCCCAUAUUGCUCUCAAAUUGAGCUUUACUCUUCCUGCUUCAUGUUAUGCAACAAUGGCCAUAAGAGAGCUGCUGAAGACUUCAACAUCUGUUGCAUAUCACAAGACAUUAAACCAGUAGUAAAGCACGGGGCUACCCAUUUAGCUAUGUUUUUCAGAAGGAGAAAGUGAUUCAUAGAACGGAGAGAACAACAGAUAGGGAAGUUUGAGAUCAGUGAUUACUAGUUCUCAGUGGAUGUGUAUAAUCUCUGUAUCUUGUCGGAAGAGAUGGAGCAAAUUCCUCUCAAGUACUCUUUGUAUCUUGUUAGGGAAGUGUGAAAUUUAACACUCCAACUAUUUCUGCUGAAAAUUUAAGUUGAAUAUUUGUAAGUGCUAUUAAUGUUCGUUUUUUGUAUGAGAAGAUUUUCAUGUGUUGGAUUUUUGUA